GGUCUUUGACUAACCUAAAUCACACCGAGGGCCUUCACUCAUCGUUCAGUGAACAGAUCCGACCAGUUUCAGGAGCAGCAGCAGCAGCAGCGCAGCAGUAGCAGCAGCAGCGCACGGUGCGUAAAAAACAAGCUGCAGCAGCAGGUCAGGAUGCACCCCGGUUCAGCGACCUCCACCCCGUUUUCUGUCAAAGACAUUCUGAGGCUGGACUUCCACGAUGACUAUGAAAGUGAUUUCCUGAUGACUGAUCAGGUUGUUCCAAUGCAUCAUCAACAUCACCAUCAUCAUCAUCAUCAGCUGGUGCGCGCUGCGACCCAAAACGACGAUUUUUACGAGAGUCGGUCUGAGAGGCAGGAGAAGGUCGGAGCGCACAGCUCAGCAGCGGGAGAGGAGAGGAGAGGGACAGCAGGUGUGUUUAGUCCCGACUCUGCUGACUGUGACAGAGGUGGAAAGCCCAGAAGCAGGCCCCGCAGGAAGCCCCGGGUCCUCUUCUCCCAGGCGCAGGUGUCGCAGCUGGAGAGGCGCUUCGGGCAGCAGCGGUACCUGUCCGGCCCGGAGAGAGAGCAGCUGGCCCGCGCGCUGAAACUCACCUCCACGCAGGUCAAAAUCUGGUUCCAGAACAGGAGGUACAAGUGCAAGAGGCAGAGGCAGGACAAGUCUCUGGAGCUGGCGAGCUUCCCUGCGGCGCCGAGGCGCGUGGCGGUGCCGGUUCUGGUUCGCGACGGGCAGCUGUGUGCCGCGGCUCCGGCUCCCUAUAACGUCACGGUCGGACAUCUGAACUGCGCGUUCGGCUGUGGAACCAGCAGCUUCUGCGGCUUUCCUCAUCAUCAUCAUCCUCAUGGAUCACCUGCAGGCCAGGUGUCCAACAACCAGCUUGAUUUAACAGACAACACAGAGGGGCUCCUCAACCAGCUGCACUCUGUCAGAGCCUGGUGAGCCCACAAAGCUCGUCUUCUCAACAGGAUGAACAAAAAAAAAGACCCCCCUCCCCCUAUUUUCUAACAUUUUUGAACGUUUCAGACUUGGACUAUGAGUUUUGCAUUUAAAAUCUUGUCAGUUUGUCUUUAUAAAAUAUUGUCAAUCAGUCUUUAAACCAUCAGGAUGUCUUUCAUUCAGACUGGAGGGGAAACAUCCCAUCAGAACCCGCUCAGAGAAGCCGCGCGCUUUGUCAAAGGAAGCCAAAUUGCGCCUAAUGGAUAGCGUGACCUCUGACCUUUCAGAGCUGUUCUUCUAUCAAACUGAGCUCGUUAUUGUCCCGUUCACAAGCUGCCUGAUAAGGCAGCAGAGAAGCCUGUCCUCUGCUUGGUAAACAAACCCACAGACUGAGUGGCUCUUCAGCUUCUUUUUUUUAAGCUUUCAGUCAUCCUUCUGCUGGGACCUGUCACUCACUGAGCAGUCAUCAGCAAAACUCACGUCUGUUUCUGCGCCCUCAAAGACUAAAAACUAGUUUUACUUUUACUGACUGAUAAUAUGCUGUAAAUAAAAAUGUUCAGUUUGUGUUUGCAUUGAAAAAAAGGACAAAGGGACUGAAGAAGAAGAGCUUGAAGGAGCACCUCAGCAGAUAAGAGGCUGCAGACAGAGAGGAGACAGACAAAUCAGAUAAUACUGUGUGUGUGUGUGUGUGUGUGUGUGUGUGUGUGUGUGUGUGUGUGUGUGUGUGUGUGUGUGUGUGUGCGCGUGUGUGUAAGUAGUUUUGAUGAUUCUUAUUCACACAAGUGUCAAAUAUAAAAUAAUCAAUUAUGCAUUAAACUGAAAUGUUGCAUGAACUCCAUCAAUGCUUUUAUCUACUGAGCAAAACAAAUAAAGCUCAUCUAAUUAACAA